AUGGAACCAAACAGUGAGCCGGCAGCAAUCCGUCGCUCAGGGCGUGCCCGCAGGCCAAACACGAGAUAUGCGGAACUCAGCUCUAACGACGAACUCAACUCGUCCGUCAGUGUCAAGGCCAACCAGAAGAGGGCGUCGCUCGGAUCGAAUCACUCGGCAAAGCAGGAGGAAACACCCAAUUCCGAGGAGAAAUCAAAACAUAAGGCGUCGCCUGAGCUAGGGGAGCAACAGACAGCUAUUCAACCCCGACGAAACGCCAAGCGCAAGGCAGCGCCCGAAAUCUUUGACGUACCCGUGAACGUCUUGGAGGCUUCGUUAGGACCGUGGCAAGAAAAUGAGUUGACAGAGUGGCCAAGUUGGACGGACGUGGAAUCUGACCCAGUCUUCUUCAAUCGCAUUCUCAGAUUGCUCGGCAUACGGGAGGCAAAAAUAAGAGAGGUGUUGUCUGUUGACGAGGAAUCGCUCCUCCUUCUCCCGGAGCCGCUAUAUGGUCUAGUGUUCCUAUUUCAGGUCAUGAACGAGGAGGAGGAGGAUCUGGAGCCCGAUGAGGAGUUUGGAUUAUGGUUCGCUAACCAGGCAAGUCAUUAA